AGGUGGUGGCACUUAUGGCUGGUUUGUUCAUAUCCUUCGUGAAAGCUUACCCGUACGAUCUGGCCGAAUCCCAAACUAGACUUGUCCAUUCUCCUCCAGUGUCCCUAGCCCAGUAGCCCCCCUCCUUUUUUUUUUUUUUUUUUCUGUUAAAUAAUUAUGUGCUUUGUUUAUUAGUAUACGGCUGAGUCUUGUGUGUGGGUGCGUGUAAGCUGCUAAUGACAUCCCUAUCUGACUGCCUGUCUCACAUUCAGUUUGAGUCUGACCUGUGGCCAGCCCUGGGCAGUUCUUUUCUCUCUACUCUCCAAUGGCGACCCCACCCGUUGCACUCUCUUUUUUUUACGCUCUCUAGAGGAUCUUCCAUAGGUUUUUCUUAGGCCUCUUUUUCCGAGCAUAAAAGCUUUAUUCACCUUUCUUCUCCUUUUCCCUUCCUCUGAAAGCGAAACCCUAAAGUUUAUCACACACCUCAGCCACCCGACGAAGAUCAAGGCUCGUGAGAUCCCCGCUGCCCCUCCUCUCCUAAUCUGCCCCGGCCUUCAACCUCCCUAUGCUCAUCAUAAUUGAGAUCUAUAUGUGCCUAUCGUAUUUCCAUCUCUUCUUUUGAUACCGUCCCUUUUCUCCGACUGAAAGACAACGAAAAGAUUUGCUUCCGCUGCAGAUCAGGGAUUCCAAGAUACUGCGAGACCUUUUUCAGAAGCCUGCUUAUCUCCUCUCCAUCCAUUUUAUUUCAUGCCUUCUCCACGAUCAACCCCCACGUAGUUUGGUUUCUAUCUCUCUGCAACUUUGGUGCCACCGCCCUUCCCUCAUCGGCGGCUGCUGUUUUUACGGUUGCCCCUCAACUUUUCAUUUAAUUCCUGCAUAUUUUGAUUAGCUUAAUUUGCAAGCUAUGGAUUCUGGGAACAGCGGAAGUAUCUCGUCCAGUGGCGAUGAAGAGUAUGAUUCACGGAGUGACAUGGUUCCGCCCGUUCUCAAUCCUCACCCUCCAUUUGGUUCUUUCUCCCUUGUUUCUCACCACCAUCCUCCCCUCUUUGAUCUUUCUCCAAAUUACCUCCACUCCCUCUCCUCUCAAAACCUGCUCCACUCUAAUCCCGGUCCUUUCCUGAAUUUGGACACUGGUGCUACCUCUCAGGACCCUCGAUCCGAACCCAAUUGCACUGCUCCUGCAGUUUCAUCAUCGUCAGCAGCAAAGCAGUCUGCGUUGAGCACAGACCCAUCGCUGCAAUUGCGCUCGCUCCACGGUGAUAAUGCUCGAGUUUCGGCACCACCCGCCAAUGCAGUACGGAACCCAAAGAAGCGAACCAGAGCAUCAAGACGAGCACCCACCACCGUUCUCACCACCGACACCUCCAAUUUCAGAGCCAUGGUUCAAGAGUUCACUGGUAUCCCAGCGCCUCCCUUCUCUGGCACCUCCUACUCUCGCCGCCUCGAUCUUCUCACCGCUUCCUCCUCCUUGCGUUCCUCCACUGCCACUUCGUCGCACUUGCAUACCACCACCACCACGACGCCUCCCUUUUACCCUUUGCGCACUUCAUCUCAUCCAAACCCAAAUCCUUUGCUUUUGUCCUCCGCUUCAUCAUCGCCUUCUCCUUCUUCAACAUUGAUGUUACACAAUCAUGUGGCUGAUGCUAUGGCUUCCACUACCACUGGUAACAACCCUCAUCCUCCAUUAACUACCAAACUGAUGCGGGUGCACCUUACAGCCACCCGCAACAUAUGCUGACCAUGCAAAUCCUCCCGUUCCAAACAUCCAUUCUUCACCCCUUGGACAAUCCUACUCUUCAAGUUGGAUUUAGUGCCAAGUCUCAACCCAGUUCAUCUAUACCUUCCCUUGAAGACCAGAUGGGCAUGAGUCAUACUCAUCUUAUGAGUGGCUCAUCCCCACGUCAGUAGUUCGGAUGCUGAGGGUGUGCCACUGAGCGGCGGCGGCGGCCAUGACAUUGGAGGGCAUGCUCCCAAGGAUCAAUUAAGGUCCUUCCAUGCCUCUGCUCCCUGCAAACUCGGCUUUUCUGGCACUUCUUCCUCCGCCGCCUUCAUCCCCGACAAGAGCUUGGAAAAUACCUCUACCAGAGGGGAAGGUAACAUUGAUUCCUGGAUUUGUUCCUCCGAUUAGCAUGAUCAUUCUUGUGAUCACUAACGAGUCGUGAUCAACAGUACAGAAGUGAAUCAUUGCAGCGUAGAAUUGGAUGCGAUAAUGAAUUAAAACCAUCAUCAUCACGUUGAUCGUGCUGCAGGUGCUGGUGCUGGUGAGGGAAUCAUCAAGAUGCCAGUUCGCGCCAUCCAUUAUAAGACCGCACGCAUCAUUAGAAGAGUACAAACGAUAACAGUAUUGAUCUGGUAAUUAGUUUUACCGAGCUAACUAUGAAACAGUCUGGAAGCCAAAGUUUACAUAGUCGUUAGCUAAAUGGAAUCUGAUCCGCUGCAACUAAAAAAUGCCCGAUAUAUAAGAAGUGUUCCUCGUACGGAUGCUGGUGUGGUGGUUAGAGAAAAAUGGACGAGUGCGAAGAGACUGAAGAGGUUGUUGUGGGUGACUUUGGCCAGACAAAAAUACUAAACAGAAAAAGAGGAGGGAAAUGGGCGCGAGACCGAUUAAAGUAGAGACAAAGGGGGUGGCAAGUUGGAGGCAAUUCAUGCGGAGGCCACCCCUUGUCUGUUGGGUUUGUGUCCCAAAAUCCUCACUCUCUGUGAUUGGGUGCUGAUCACAUACCUAACGCCUAUCUAUUUAAAAUAACUUAUAAUUAGUUUUUUUUAAUAA